CCUCACCGGGGGGCGCUGCGGUGUGCUGGCCUGACGGUGGACUCCCGGAACUGAGGUUCCCGCAUCACCUGCUGUCCUGCCUACACUUCUGCCUGCUGUCCCUGAGCACAGUCAUGCCUCGAGGUCAGAAUAGUAAGCUCCGUGCACGUGAGAAACGUCGUCAGGCGCGGGAUGAGACCCAGGGUCCUAGGGGUGCUCUGGCCACUGCAGCAGAGGUCAGAGAGUCCCCCACCUCCCCUGUGUCUGGGGGUACCCCCCCGAGCUCCCCUGCUGCUGGCUGUCCCCAGAAGCCUCAGGGAGCCCCAGCCGCUAGGUCUCGUGCUGCAGGUGUUUCACACCCAAGAUCUCAUGUGGGUGCCAAGAGUCAAGUUGAGGAAAGUGAAAAUUCCUCCCAGGCCUCAACCUCCACUCAGAGCCCUCACGAUGAUCUUCUAACCAGGAAGGUGGGGCUGUUGAUGGAAUUCCUGCUGGACAAGUAUCAAAUGAAGGAGCCCAUUAAGAGGGUAGACAUGCUGAGGCUUGUCCACAAGAGGUACAGGGAGCACUUCCCUGAGAUCCUCAGGAGAGUCUCUGAACGCAUAGAGCUGGUCUUUGGCCUUUACUUGAAGGAAGUCAGGCCCAUUGGCCUCUGCUAUACCCUCGUCGGCAAGCUAGACCUCCGCGAAGAUGGAAGUCUGAGCGACGACUGGGGAUUUCCUAAGAGUGGGCUUCUGAUGCCUCUCCUGGGUGUCAUCUUCUUGAAUGGCAACCGCGCCCCUGAGGAGGAGAUCUGGGAAUUCCUGAAUAUGUUGGGCGUCUAUGAUGGAAGAAGGCACUUUAUCUUCGGGGAGCCCAGGAAGGUCAUCACCCAAGAUUUGGUGCAGGAAAAGUACCUGGAGUAUCGUCAAGUGCCCAACAGUGCUCCUCCACGCUAUGAGUUCCGGUGGGGUCCCAGAGCCCAUGCUGAAACCAGCAAGAUGAAAGUCCUAGAGUUUGUGGCCAAAGUCUAUGGUACGGUUCCCAGUGCCUUUCCAUCCUAUUAUGAAGAGGCUUUGAGAGAUGGGGCAGAGAGAGCCCGAGCCAGGCCCGCAGCCAGGGCUGCCACUACUGCCAAGGCCAGUGCACGUUCCAGGGCCACAUCCAGCCGAUACUCUCACCCCAAGUGAGGUCUCAGGCAGAUUCUUCACUUUGUGGUUGACCAGUGUUCCUGAUAUGCAUUAAUGACUUCUCGACUUUUUUUUUUUUAUCGUUGUUCAAGUGGUGUUCAACAGAAAGUUUAUUUCCAUUCAGGACGUAAGUUUAUGAAUGACACGGAUCACACAUUUAUUGCUGUUUGUCAGGUUUAGGAGUAAAAGUUCUGUUUUUUGAAAUACA